CAUUUCAGUCAGAUUCAAUUCCAUUUCAGUAUCCGUGUCCGUACUAGAACAUUUUAGAGUAGAAAUUUUCGUUUAUAAAAAACUAUAAAAAGUGAAUAAAUUAUUGGUACAUAUUUUUAGCUAAAAGCAAAUAACUAAAAUGUCUUCAAACUGUGACCAAAAGGUGACCAGCGACACUUGUUGCCACGACUUUGACUUGUACCCCACUGAGAGCGACUUUGCCCUGGAACUGAAGGCCGUACCGAAGGAGACUUGCAUACCACUCAAUCAUACCCACAUUGCCAAAUCGGAGAGCAGCGUGCCCAACCGACGCCACGAAAUGGACACUCAGAUACGUAAGGCCGUCAUGUCGCAGUUCUCUUUGAAUAUCAAGAGACCCCAAGAAUAGGAUACAGGCCUGGAAGUAGUUGU